CUUUAGUAGCCAACAACAAUAAUUUGAAACGAAAUAGACAUGGAUGAAUUUGAUGAUGAUUCUUUUAAUGAUAUUUUGGGAUCCAUGGAAAUCCCUACGCCGGCCAAACAGCCCAAAACAUCAUCUGCCGCCACAUCAGAUAGCCACAGCAACGUUUCUGCAUCUACAUCAGGCUCAGCCGUAAGUGCAGCGCCAGUAUCAAAACCGGCUUCAAAUCCCCAUAAUGUUCUUGUGCACACCAAGCAACGCGGGAAUCCCAUAUUAAAGUUUAUACUUAAUGUUCCGCUCGAGUAUAGAGAUGACAUUGUACCAGACUACGUUGUUGGCCGUACAUCAUGCAUCUUGUAUUUAUCCCUUAAAUAUCAUAAUCUUAAUCCGGAUUACAUUUGUCAGCGUCUCAAAGCUUUGGGCAAGUCGUAUGAACUGCGAGUGCUGUUAGUCCAAGUGGACACGCCUGAACCGCACAAUGCUUUAAAAAGUCUAACACGCAUUUCCCUUCUUGCUGAUCUCACAAUGAUGCUCGCUUGGAACGCAGAAGAGGCAGGAAAAAUGAUUGAAACCUACAAACAGUUUGAAAAGCGUUCGCCAGAUUUAAUAAUGGAGCGGGUGGAAUCGAAUCCUCACCAGAAAUUGGUAGCUGCCUUGACCAACAUUAAGCCGGUAAAUAAAACGGAUGCAGUGACUCUACUGCAAACAUUUGGAAACCUGGAAAACCUAAUCAAUGCCAGUGAGGAGCGUCUAAGCCAGGUAAUGGGUCUGGGACCCCGAAAGGCGAAAAAGCUAUACAAAACACUUCAGGAGCCAUUCCUCAGCAAGUAGGAUGGACAAUUCAUAUUAGAAAUGUGAUCAAGUUUAUAGUUAGGGAAUACAAAAUAAAACAUUUAUUUUAAAUUUAA